AUAAAUAACAUUUAACCGGUUCACUGACCCAUCCGGUUUUCAAAACAUUGAUUCCAAGAGAAUCCAAGCAUGAGGGAGUGACAAAUUAAAGAAUAAAAAGGAGAAAAGAGGAUCCAAGACAGGCGCGACAACUGUUACUCUAACAAGAAACCCACAAAAAAAAAAAAAAAAAAAAGAGGUCAAAAACCAAAACAGAGCAGAAAAAUUCACAAAUACAAAAUGGCAACAACUAAAACAGCUACCAACAGCGACCUUACCAUCGCCAUUAACAUGCCUCCAUUUCCAUUCUGUAAACCCUAAAUCGCACCCUUCUACACACCACAUUUCCCAAAUUAACCUCUCUAGAUUCAACAAAAUGGAGGCAUUGAUCGAACUCUGUGACCUAAUCUCGCAAAACCCUGCGCAAUUCACCGACAAACUCACCUGGAUUUGCAACCGCUGUCCACAACCCGAUUUUUUCUUAAUCGGAUCAUCGACAUCAUCAUCACCUAGGGUUUCACGUUCUCAACUCAACGCAAUCCUCGCCGUUUCUAGGUUCCUCUCAAAAUGCUCUAACAACAACACCGAUCACAGACCUGAAGCAAUUAUCCUCGAGUUUUUCCGCUCCAUUCCGACGUCGUUUUCACAAUCCUUUUGGCCUCAAUCUUUCACUCUCGACUCGAUCUCAUCUUUUUUCGUUGAUUUUUUAGGUUACGUGUCGACGGCAGCGCAAUCAUCGCCUGAUUUCGCUACUGAGAUGGAAAGUUCCGUCGGCGACGUCGUUUUAGCAGCGAUGAAUAUUUACAACGACAAUUAUAAUGCCACUGACAAUUUUGCUAUUUCCAAGGCUUUUUUGCUCGCCUUAACUCAGAAUUUCCCGCCAAUUUUACAGUCUGAUGCUGAGAAACUAAUCACUUCUCUUCUUGAUCAGUUUGAUGUGUCCGUACAACAACAACAACAACAGCAACAUCAAAUUGGUAUUAUCAACUCUGAAACGACGUCCUCUCAGAGCUCCCCAUUAAAUGUUAUUAAUCAAAGCAAUGAAGUUUCAAUUUCAAUGUCAAGUCCAGGGAAUGAUUUGAGCCACGUGUCAGGGUCAAGUAGUAAUGCUAGUAGUAUGAUGUCAUCAGCAACGUUAAAUGGGAAUCCUAAUCAUACUAAUAAUAACAGUGUAAUGUGGAAAAGUGGGUUUGUUGAAUCUAUGGGAAUAAUGAAUUUUGGUGGGUUUAAUGACGGGUUUAGGCAUCAGGUUGCUACUUUUGAAGAAGAGACUGUUGAGGGAUUAGAGAAGCAAGUUAUUGCUUUUAAGUUAAUUGCACAUGUUUUGGAUCAUGUUAAGAUUAAUAAUGCUCUUUUAAUGAGGUUAAGGUCUAUUGCAAAGAAGCAGCUUCAAUCUCUCUCUGCAUUUCUAAAGAUAAGGAAGCGGGACUGGACCGAACAGGGGCAGCUUUUAAAAUCUAGAGUCAAUGCUAAACUGUCUGUUUAUCAAGCCGCAGCUAGGAUGAAACUUAAGAGUCUUGCAUCUAUUGAUGCGGAUGGGAAAACCUCCAAGAGGUUGGUACUUGAGACUCUUGCAUUAAUGAUAGAUGCCGCAGAAGCCUGUCUGCUAUCUGUGUGGCGAAAGUUGAGAAUUUGUGAAGAGCUGUUCAGUUCCCUUCUUACUGGCUCUGCACAUAUUGCUGUAACUAAAGGAGGUCAGCCAUUGCGUGUUCUGCUUAUUCGCCUCAAACCUCUUGUGCUGACUGCCUGUGCGCAGGCCGAAACAUGGGGAGGCGGUCAGGGAGCCAUGUUUGAAAGUGUCAAGAAUACAAGUUGUCAGAUAAUUGAAUCUGGCUGGAUCAAGGACAGGUCUCCUGUUGACACAUUUAUCAUGGGACUAGCCACAAGCAUUCGUGAACGAAAUGAUUACAAUGAACAGGUUGACAAGGAGAAGCAGGGAGUUCCUGCUGUCCAGCUGAAUGUUAUACGUCUGCUAGCUGAUCUAACUGUUGCUGUUAGCAAGUCUGAAGUGGUAGACAUGAUACUGCCACUUUUUAUUGAAAGCUUAGAAGAGGGUGAUGCUUCUGCUCCUGGUUUAUUGCGCCUCCGACUUCUUGAUGCUGUAUCUCGCAUAGCAAGUUUAGGUUUUGAGAAGUCUUAUCGUGAGACUGUUGUUCUGAUGACAAGAAGUUACUUGAGUAAACUAUCUGCUGUAGGAUCUGCUGAAAGCAAAACAUUGGCACCAGAAGCCACUACAGAACGUGUUGAGACUCUUCCUGCAGGAUUUCAUUUGAUUGGUAAGGGCCUUACAAAUAUGAGAUUGCGUUCAGACUACCGUCAUCGUUUGCUUUCUUUGUGCUCAGAUGUAGGCUUGGCUGCUGAAUCUAAAAGUGGAAGGAGUGGAGCAGAUUUUUUGGGACCAUUACUGCCUGCAGUUGCUGAAAUAUGUUCUGAUUUUGACCCUACUGUAGAUGUGGAACCAUCACUCUUGAAGCUAUUUCGAAAUUUAUGGUUCUAUGUUGCUCUUUUUGGGUUAGCACCUCCUAUACAGAAAAUUCAACUACCAGUAAAGUCAGUUUCAACUACUUUGAACAGUGUGGGAAGCAUGGGUGCAAUUUCUCUUCAAGCAGUGGGUGGACCAUACAUGUGGAAUGCACAGUGGUCUUCUGCUGUUCAGCGUAUUGCACAAGGGACUCCUCCUCUUGUUGUCAGCUCAGUUAAAUGGCUUGAAGAUGAAUUGGAACUCAAUGCUUUACACAACCCUGGAAGCCGUCGGGGCAGUGGCAAUGAGAAAGCGGCUGUGACCCAAAGAGCUGCUCUUUCAGCUGCCUUAGGAGGGCGACUUGAUGUUGCUGCUAUGAGCACAAUUUCAGGUGUGAAAGCAACCUAUCUUCUUGCUGUUUCCUUCUUGGAGAUUAUUCGUUUUAGCAGCAAUGGUGGCAUCCUCAAUGGUGGCAGUGAUCUGACAGCUUCCAGAAGUGCAUUUAGUUGUGUCUUUGAGUACCUAAAAACUCCAAACCUUACGCCAGCUGUCUUUCAAUGUUUGACGGCAAUUGUUCACAGGGCAUUUGAAGCAGCAGUACUGUGGCUGGAAGAUCGCAUAAGUGAAACAGGCAAAGAAGCUGAGAUCAGAGAAUCUACACUUUUUGCUCAUACUUGUUUUCUUGUUAAAAGCAUGUCGCAGAGAGAGGAACACAUCCGGGAUAUUACUGUAAACUUGUUGACUCAGCUUAGAGAUAAGUUUCCUCAGGUUUUGUGGAAUUCAUCUUGCUUAGGCUCUCUGCUAUUUUCAGUGCAUAAUGACUCACCUUCUGCUGUUGUAAAUGAUCCAGCUUGGGUAGUGACAGUGCGUUCUUUGUACCAAAAGAUUCUGCGAGAAUGGAUCAGCAUAUCACUUUCAUAUGCACCAUGCACUAGCCAGGGUCUGCUUCAGGAGAAGCUUUGCAAAGCAAACACAUGGCAGAGUGCACAACCUACAGCUGAUGUUGUUUCUCUUUUAACUGAGAUACGGAUUGGCACUGGUAAAAAUGAUUGGACAGGCAUACGGACAGCUAAUAUACCUGCAGUCAUGGCUGCAGCAGCCGCUGCAUCAGGAGCAAACAUGAAACUGACAGAUGCAUUUAAUUUGGAGGUUCUCAGUACUGGAAUAGUUAGUGCAACAGUUAAGUGCAAUCAUGCUGGAGAAAUUGCUGGCAUGAGAAGGUUAUAUAACAGCAUUGGUGGAUUUCAACCUGGUAGCAUGCCGAGUUUUGGUAGUGGUCUCCAGAGAUUGAUAUCUGGAGCUUUUUCUCAACUGCCAAAACCUGAGGAUGAUUCAUUUAAUGAGAUUUUACUAAAUAAGUUUGUGCAUCUUCUUCAACAAUUUGUUAGUAUUGCAGAAAAAGGAGGGGAAGUGGACAAGUCACAGUUUCGUGGUACUUGUUCUCAGGCGACUGCAUUACUUCUCUCGAAUCUGGUUUCUCAGUCAAAAUCUAACGUAGAGGGCUUUGCUCAACUUCUACGUCUUCUAUGCUGGUGUCCAGCAUAUAUUUCUACACCAGAUGCAAUGGAGACGGGUGUUUUCAUCUGGACUUGGUUGGUUUCUGCUGCACCUCAAUUGGGGUCUCUUGUUCUUGCUGAGCUUGUUGAUGCUUGGUUAUGGACUAUUGAUACGAAACGAGGCCUCUUUGCUUCUGAGCUGAAGUGCUCUGGACCUGCUGCAAAAUUGAGGCCUCACCUUGCUCCUGGGGAACCAGAACUGCUGCCUGAAAUUGAUCCCGUUGAACAAAUAAUGGCACAUAGACUAUGGCUGGGAUUUUUCAUUGACCGUUUUGAGGUAAUUCAUCACAAUAGUGUUGAGCAACUCUUGCUCCUUGGUCGGCUGUUACAAGGGACUAUGAAAUUGCCAUGGAACUUUUCACGCCACCCUGCAGCUACUGGCACAUUUUUUACUUGCAUGCUUCUUGGGCUUAAGUUCUGCUCAUGUCAAGGCCAGGGGAAUUUGCAGGGUUUCAAAUCAGGGCUUCAACUACUUGAAGACCGGAUCUAUAGGACCUGUUUGGGCUGGUUUGCUUUUGAACCUGAAUGGUACGACAUUAACAAUAUGAAUUUUGCACAAAGUGAGGCCCAGUCUGUCUCUAUUUUUCUCCACUAUCUUUCUAAUGAGCGAACAGAUGCGCAAUCUGAUGCAAAAGGACGGGGACAAGAGAAUGGAAAUUCACUGGCUGAUACAACUGAUCAAUAUCAUCCGGUUUGGGGCCAAAUGGAGAACUUUGUUGUUGGAAGAGAAAAACGGAAGCAGCUGCUUCUGAUGUUAUGCCAACAUGAGGCUGACAGGCUUGAAGUUUGGGCGCAACCUACUAACUCAAAGGAAAGUACAUCUCGGCCUAAAAUAAGCUCAGAGAAGUGGAUUGAAUAUGCUAGGAUUGCUUUCGCCGUGGACCCUCGGAUUGCAAUGUCUUUAGUCUCAAGGUUCCCCACUAAUGUUUCUCUAAAGGCUGAAGUUACUCAUCUUGUUCAGUCUCGUAUUGUGGACAUCCGCUGCAUACCCGAAGCAUUGCCAUAUUUUGUCACCCCGAAGGCUGUUGAUGAAAAUUCAGUGCUUUUGCAACAGCUGCCACACUGGGCUGCUUGUUCAAUUACACAAGCUCUUGAGUUCCUCACUCCUGCAUAUAAGGGUCAUCCACGUGUCAUGGCAUAUGUUCUCAGGGUUUUGGAAUCCUACCCUCCAGAGCGAGUGACCUUCUUCAUGCCUCAGUUAGUGCAGUCCCUGAGAUAUGACGAAGGGAGGUUAGUUGAAGGAUAUUUGCUCAGAGCGGCUCAAAGAAGUGACAUAUUUGCCCAUAUCCUGAUAUGGCAUUUACAGGGUGAGACUUUUGUGCCGGAAUCAGGAAAAGAUGCUGCCUCUGGAAAGAAUAAUUCCUUCCAAUCGUUGUUGCCUAUUGUGCGGCAACAUAUUAUUGAUGGUUUUACUCCAAAGGCCCUUGACGUUUUUCAAAGGGAAUUUGACUUCUUUGACAAAGUCACAUCCAUUUCUGGUGUUCUCUUUCCACUUCCUAAGGAAGAACGUCGAGCUGGAAUUCGGAGGGAAUUGGAGAAAAUUGAAAUGGAGGGCGAGGAUCUUUAUUUACCUACUGCUCCUAACAAGCUUGUCAGGGGUAUUCGAGUGGACAGUGGAAUACCAUUGCAAUCAGCAGCAAAAGUUCCUAUAAUGGUAACAUUUGAUGUGGUUGACCGGGAUGGGGAUCAGAAUGAUAUAAAGCCCCAAGCUUGCAUUUUCAAGGUUGGAGAUGAUUGUCGACAAGAUGUUCUUGCACUUCAAGUGAUAUCACUUCUUAGAGACAUAUUUGAAGCAGUUGGAAUUAAUCUAUAUUUGUUUCCUUAUGGAGUUCUUCCAACUGGCCCAGAGAGAGGUAUUAUAGAGGUUGUGCCUAAUUCCCGAAGCAGAAGUCAGAUGGGGGAAACAACAGAUGGUGGAUUGUAUGAGAUUUUUCAACAGGAUUUUGGGCCUGUAGGCUCUCCUAGUUUUGAAGCUGCUCGUGAGAACUUUAUUAUUAGCAGUGCUGGUUAUGCAGUUGCCAGUCUUUUGCUCCAGCCGAAGGAUAGACAUAAUGGGAAUCUUCUCUUUGACAAUGUGGGAAGGCUUGUUCAUAUUGAUUUUGGUUUCAUCUUGGAAACAUCGCCUGGUGGGAAUAUGCGCUUCGAGAGUGCACACUUCAAGCUGAGUCAUGAGAUGACUCAGUUACUAGAUCCAUCUGGUAUUAUGAAGAGUGAAACCUGGUUCCAAUUUGUAAGCUUGUGUGUCAAGGGAUACCUCGCAGCCCGUCGUUACAUGGACGGGAUAAUCAAUACUGUGUUGUUGAUGUUGGAUAGUGGAUUACCUUGCUUCAGUAGGGGUGACCCAAUUGGAAAUCUUCGCAAGAGAUUUCAUCCUGAGAUGAGUGACCGUGAAGCUGCCAAUUUCAUGAUCCGCGUAUGCACAGACGCCUACAACAAGUGGACAACUGCUGGCUAUGACUUGAUACAAUAUCUGCAGCAAGGCAUUGAGAAGUAAAGGGAAAUCAUACAGCUCAAAGUAAAUUGUACAUGAUCGCUUGUAAUUUUGUAAUUUUUUUUUUUUCUUUUCUUCUUUUUAGUCUUGCAGCUGUAAUUCUUUUCAGGGGAUUUCCACCUUAGAAUGCUGAGGUAAAAGAUUGUAGAAACAGGAUUUCUUUGUAGCUUAGUGGUGGGAUUCCCAUUGAGGUUUGUAAAAGUACAGAAUUAUUUUUAUCUAUUUGUUAAUGAAAUUUGUAGUGCCUCAAGAA